UUGAACUUGAAGCAACACAGAAGUUUAUGUGCGAAGUUUAAAUUUAAGUAAUUCGUUACUUUUGACGCUUGAUGAAUAUUUACAAGCGACGUAAAUCCUAUUGUCAUUACAUCAAUAAUUUCUUGCCAAGAUAAUACAUAUAUAUCAUUUGAGGUUAAAUACAACACAUGGUUAAUACAAGGACGAAAGAUUCGGUUUUUCUACUUUAUCUACUACGUAGAUUACGUAGAAGUAGAUAAGUACUAGUGGUUUUCCUUACGUCAUCGAGUUAAAACCAACUAACUUAACCUGUCAUGUUGCGAGCGAGUGUCGCGCAGUACGGAACGAGAACAAUGACUACUUUUCGUCUGGCGUUGGUGCAGCUGGCCGUUGGCGAUGACAAGGCAACGAAUGUCUCGCGAGCCGUUUCUUUCAUCGAGCGUGCGAAACAGGAGCGAGCCGACAUCGUCACGCUGCCCGAGUGUUUCAACUCGCCGUAUGGAACGUGUAAAUAAAAAGAGCAUAAAUACUUUUAACACGUACUUAUCUCUUCAUAAAAAUUACACGCUCUAUAUCCUCGAGAGUCGAGCCCACAUAUAAUAUUCGGAUCUGUCGGAUCCGAAUAUUAUACGAACAUUAUUACCUAUUAUUAUCUGGUAGGAUCAGAAGGAAAGCUUUAAUAAUUUCUAAAAUUCAGUUUUGAAAUAAGGCUGUUGCCGUUACUAAUCGAGAUGCCGAGAUGCGAAUAUAAUACGCAUCCGCAGGAGAGUAAAUGUUUCGUCCUCAGCAUAUAUCUCUUAUUAAGUA